GUUUAGAGCCAGUAGACUACGGUUUUAUGUGUUCAAUUAUUUAUGCUCAAUUGCAAAUUCAAUGUCAUCUAUCCAAGUCUUUUUGCGAUUUAUCUUUAAUGUGUGUCUUUAAAUUAACUUUAGAGUAACAUUUCGGUUGAUAUAAAACAAUCUUUCUUUCUUCAGUCCAACUCUAAUCAUACUCUCUCUCUCUCUAAUUUGACUUAACAGACCUCUUUUGAUCACCACCUUUAUGACUGUUUCUAAUUAUCCUCAAAUGCUUUUGAACAUUUCGUCAAUCUGGAACAAACGUAACACUUGAGAACCAAACGACGGUCUCCUAUAAAUGCGCUCUUGGUUUAAAACGGAUGCAGUGUCCUCUUGUUUUCACAAAUACUGAGGUCCUUAAAAGGUCAGACUUUAAUAGAAAUUUAAAUGUCACUGAAAUGAGUUGAGAAGCAUUACGUUCUUGUCAACAUUUGUUUCAUAGAGAAUGAAAUUGUGGGCAUGGAAGUAUCAAAUCAUGUUUAUUUAUUUGUUUACAUUCUAAAUGACGGUUGCCUUUAAUAAGAUCCCUGGUAAAGUAGGCUCUCGGCUCCAUCUGUUUCAAGAGCUGAAGUCAAAAGAGCACAAAAAUGGCAUUUUCACUUAUAAUUGCAUGACCUUGUCUUGUGCUCGGUUACAAGACACUUUUUGUUAUUUUUGAUUAUAGCUCUGAUCAAGAACAGAGAAGGACCAAUGUAGAUGUUUUAUUACAAUGACAUGUAUAACAGCUCUACGAUAUGAACCUCUGACUCAUACGGCACCUUGUACUACUCUGCUGUUAUGCUGCACUUUUUGUGGUCACAGCUUGAAUAAGUUCUGUUUCCAUCUGUGUUUGCAUCUAUUGUUAAGAUCUCUAAUUAUUUAAGAGUCUGAAUAACAUUUUUUUUUUUUUCAUAUAUAAAAAGGUCACUCAUGACACUUUGACCCUGAAAAUCAUGCAUUUGGCAUUUUCCUAAUGCUGUAUUUUAAUCAUGUCUGCUUUAUUUCUGAAACAGCCAUGAUAGCAGCCCAGUGAUGAUUGAUGGCAAUGCUUUCUUUUUUCUGGUUGUUGGCCACUAAGAGUGAUGAAACUAGUUUUGAGGUUCUGAGGGGGAGGGAAGGCAAUUAGCUCAUGGCGUAAAAUCCGCCAACGUGAAGACCAUCAAUCUAGAUGACUGAAGCCACAUGUUCAAACAUGAGUCAGCUAAGGUCCCUGGCUGGUGCUCUAAGAAGCAGGAGCCAAUGGAUGAUGGGGCACGUGGGGACAGGGAAGCGAGUUUUUGACCCACGCCGUAACUGUUCCAGCGGGGCUCCUGAGCCUUCAUUGGCGGCCUGCAGCUCUAGUUAUGUCGUGGAGAUGUACUACGCUUGGCUGGAGGAUCACAAAAACGUUCAUGAGUCUUGGGAUGCAUACUUCCGUAACGCCCAAGCCAGCAGUUCAGAGGAGUCUGGAGAAAAGCGUCUUUCUGCACUGCUCCAGGGAAGAGGCCAGUCUCAGACACCUGCCAUGUCACAGAAGGUGGUGGAGGAUCAUUUGGCCGUCCACACUCUUAUCAGAGCCUAUCAGGUACGUGGUCACCAUGUGGCCAGGCUGGACCCUCUUGGCAUCCUUACUGCCGACCUUGACUCCUUUGUUCCCUCAGAUUUGAUUACAUCAAUUGACAAGCUUGAGUCGUACGGCUUGGGAGAAUCUGAUCUCGAUAAAUCAUUUCAGUUGCCACUAACCACAUUUAUUGGGGGAAAUGAAAGCACACUCCCACUGAGAGAAAUCAUACACAGACUUGAGACAUCAUACUGUGGACAUACUGGAGUGGAAUUCAUGUUUAUCAACAAUAUGGAGCAGUGCCAAUGGAUCCGACAGAAGUUUGAAUCUCCAGGAAUCAUGAUAUUUUCUGACAGAGAGAAGAGGACCUUGCUGGCCAGGCUGGUUCGCUCAACACGGUUUGAGGACUUUCUUGCUCGCAAAUGGUCUUCAGAGAAACGUUUUGGUUUGGAAGGCUGUGAGGUCCUCAUCCCUGCCCUGAAGAUGAUCAUUGACAAGUCCAGCGAGGCUGGUAUAGAGAGUGUAAUUAUGGGAAUGCCUCACAGGGGGCGACUGAAUGUCCUGGCCAAUGUAGUUCGCAAAGAUUUGGAUCAGAUAUUCUGUCAGUUUGAUUCCAAACUUGAGGCUGCAGAUGAGGGUUCAGGAGACGUGAAAUAUCACUUAGGGAUGUACCAUGAACGGAUCAACAGGGAAACGGAUAAGAAUAUCACCUUGUCUCUGAUGGCUAACCCCUCUCACCUGGAGGCAGUAGAUCCUGUCGUUCAGGGCAAGACUAAGGCAGAACAGUUCUACAGAGGAGACACGGAAGGAAGGAGGGUGAUGUCCAUUCUCAUGCAUGGUGAAGCUGCAUUUGCGGGUCAGGGAGUCGUAUAUGAAACCUUCCAUCUCAGUGAACUGCCUUCAUAUACAACUCAUGGCACCAUCCAUGUUGUAGUCAAUAAUCAGAUUGGAUUCACCACAGAUCCCCGAAUGGCACGGUCCUCUACUUACCCAACGGAUGUGGCCCGUGUGGUCAACGCACCCAUCUUCCAUGUCAACGCUGAUGACCCAGAGGCUGUGAUGUAUGUGUGCAAGGUUGCUGUAGAAUGGAGAAACACUUUCAACAAAGAUGUGGUGAUUGACCUGGUGUGUUACCGGCGGUUUGGACAUAAUGAGAUGGAUGAACCCAUGUUCACUCAACCCCUCAUGUACAAACAGAUCCGCAAACAGGAACAUGUGCUGAAGAAGUAUGCAGACAAGCUCAUCUCUGAGGGAGUUGUAACACUGCAAGAGUUUGAGGAGGAGGUUGCUAAAUAUGACAAGAUCUGUGAGGAGGCGUAUACCAGCUCUAAAGAUGAGAAGAUCCUACACAUCCGCAACUGGCUUGACUCUCCGUGGCCAGACUUCUUCAAACCAGAUGGAGAGCCAAAGAGCAUGAGCUGCCCUCCCACCGGACUAAGUGAAGAUGUGCUCAUGCACAUUGGUUCGGUAGCCAGUUCAGUCCCUCUAAAGGACUUUGCCAUUCAUAGUGGCUUGUCACGUAUCCUUCGAGGCAGAGCGGAUAUGGUUUCAAAACGCACAGUGGACUGGGCCCUGGCAGAGUACAUGGCCUUUGGCUCUUUGCUGAAGGAUGAUGUUCAUGUGAGACUCAGUGGACAAGAUGUGGAAAGAGGAACGUUUAGUCACCGUCACCACGUCUUGCAUGAUCAGGAAGUUGAUAAGCGCUUCUGCGUUCCGAUGAACCACCUGUGGCAGAACCAGGCUCUCUACACUGUGUGCAACAGCUCCCUGUCUGAAUAUGGGGUUUUGGGUUUCGAGCUUGGUUUUGCAAUGGCAAGCCCUAAUGCCUUGGUGUGCUGGGAGGCUCAGUUUGGCGACUUCCACAACACAGCCCAGUGCAUCAUUGACCAGUUCAUCUGUGCAGGCCAAGCCAAGUGGGUCCGUCACAAUGGCAUCGUUUUACUGUUGCCCCAUGGGAUGGAAGGAAUGGGCCCGGAGCACUCGUCAGCACGGCCUGAGCGCUUCCUGCAGAUGAGCAAGGAUGACCCGGAUCGCUAUCCUGAAUUCACUGGAGACUUUGAGGUCCAGCAGCUCUAUGACUGUAACUGGAUUGUGGUCAAUUGUUCAACACCUGCUAGCUACUUCCAUGUGCUUAGAAGGCAGAACUUACUACCAUUCAGGAAGCCACUGAUCAUUUUCACACCCAAGUCUUUACUGAGGCUGCCAGAGGCCCGUUCCAGUUUUGAUGAGAUGAUCACAGGGACACAUUUCUUAAGGAUAAUUCCAGAUAACAGUCCUGCAUCGGAAAACCCAGAAAAAGUCAAAAGGGUCAUCUUCUGCACUGGAAAAGUGUACUAUGAGCUGGCAAAAGAAAGAAAACAGCUUCAGUUGGAGGAGGACGUUGCAAUUGUCAGAUUGGAGCAGAUAUCACCAUUCCCUUUUGACCUCAUCAAGGUUGAGGUUGAGAAGUACAGCAACGCUGAACUCAUAUGGUGUCAAGAGGAGCACAAGAACAUGGGCUACUAUGACUACGUAAGGCCACGUUUCCUCACAGUGCACCAUAGGAAUCCAAUAUGGUAUGUUGGCCGCGACCCUGCUGCAGCCCCUGCCACAGGAAACAAAUUCACUCAUCUGGCUGAGCUGAAGAGGUUCUUGGACACUGCGUUUAACCUUGAGGCAUUCAAGGGCAGGAGUUUUUGAUGCUUCUGUGUAAAUUAGCCUUUAAAAAUUCAAUAUAACUGGUAUCAACGCACAAUUCAUUAGAUAAAGUGAUUUUCAUGUUGCCAAAUUAUGUAAAAUUGUUGAAUUAUAUUGAAAAAUAGAGCACAAGAUGGCAAAUAUAAAGAAAUUAGUGUACUCAUUCUGUAGAUUUAGCCCUAGAUUUGCAGCAGAAAUCAUUUAUCCGUCUUAAGUAAUCUGUAUUCUUAUUUAUUUUUUUGUCCUCCAUAACUGUCACACUUGGCUUCAUCCGGAGACAUCAAACAGAUGGCAUGUAGACAAGUAACAAUAUUCUCUGUAGCUUCCUCAAAAUAUGCUUCCUUUUUAGACUUUAGGGUUCUUGUGGUGUUGAAGGCUUUGGGGAAUGAGGACAUUUAUAAUGUCAACAUGUCUGUGAUAACUUUGAAAUGCUAUACACACUGGGAAACAAAUAUAAGCAGGUAAAUAAAACAAUUAGCUUAAAUCAAAUAAGCACAAGUAUCUGAUGCAUUGUUUUUCGGUGUAAUUUUACUGUCCGCAAACUAAACCUUGUACAUGGUCAUACAUUAGUCUUCAUUCUAUGGCUGCUUAAACAGUUAAUCCUUGUCACUCGAGCUGGACAAAACAGCUGUAAACUGGAUUUUACUUAAAUCUAUGCUGUAGGUAAUUCAUUUGAUAAACACUUGCAAAAGUGAAUUUAAUGCAAAUGUUUAAAGGGUACAAAAAUUGUUAGAUAACGCACAUUCCUCAUAGGGGAAAAAGAUCCUACAUUUAAUUCACUGUGAUAGAUUGUGAUGAAUGAUAGAUGUUUCACAGCAAUAAUGCAAUAAACUGCGUGUCAGUGACAAACGAUGGAUGCUUUUUAUCAUUAAGCAUAUACCUGUGUGCACAUACGAGGUCUCUUCACAGGCAGUGUGCUUCCUUUAUACAGCAGGACACCAUUAGUGGACUCAUAACAUACAUGCCAAAAAACUGAUAAUGUCAACAUGGCUCACUUAAAGACUGGCUAUGUUUUGAAUAGUAUA